CUCAACCCUACAACUUUUAACGAAAUUCUGUUUUGUUGUUUACAAUAAAAUAAAAAUUACUUUUUGCAAUCUCUAAGUAAAGAUUACAAUAAAAAAAAGUAAAAGAAUAGUUAAUUAUAUUGAAAUCUCAAUAUGGAUCGAUCAAUAGAGUUAGAAAAUAGAAGGAUUUGUCGAAUAUGCUUGAGUCAAGAUGAAACAAUAAAUUUUUCAGACAUUUUCGAGUCUUCUAAUCUUCCCAUGGAAAUUCUCUCAAUAGGAAGCGUAGAAGUAUUUCAAAGCGAUGGAAUGCCUCGUAAAAUUUGCAAUAUUUGCAAAACAAUUCUCGGUAACGCUUAUAAGUUUAAACAAAUUUGCAAGCGUUCUGAUACGCUUCUCAAGAUGUAUCCUAUUACUGGGAAUGUUCCUCCAAGAAUAGAAAUUCCGCAGGAAAUGAUUCCUUUUAAAAAAGUUGAAGACGAAGUGAAGCCCGAAAUGAAAUCAAUUUGUGUUGGAAAUGACAAUGAGAUAACAACAAAAUCUCAAGAAACUCAAACAGAUCCAGACAUUGAGCAGAUGGACAUGAUAAUUGAAGGUGACAACUAUGAAAUUAUUGCACCUCCCGCACAGUUUUCUCUUACUGAAAACUUAGUUGAAGAAGAGCAUAUCAUAAUAGAAAACGAAAAACCAAAAUUAGCAAUAAAAAAAGAAAAAAAUCAUGUAAAGAUUCUUAACAAAGGUUUGCCUGAGUCAACUGGAGUAAAACGUUUUAAGAAACCAGCAAAUGUAAAGACCGAAAAAGUCCAAAACAUCAAACCUUUGAUUCUCAAUGCGCAGUUGUCAAAACCGAAGUUUGAAGGAUCUUUGGUCGAUUCAAUUGAGACAACUCCCGAUGGACAAAUCCAAAUUGUUUCUUAUACUGAAGAAUAUCUUGACGAUUAUGAAGACGUGAAAUCCAAAGAGGAACCUCAAGAUAAGUCAGAUGAUGGCGUUGUGUACACUUGUGAUGUUUGCGAACGAAGCUUCACUUUACAUCAACAGCUCGUAAUUCACAAACAAAAUCACGAAAGAGAACGAAAUCAUCCUUGCAGUGAUUGUGAUAAAAGCUUCUUCACCAAAUAUGAUCUAGCCAAACACGUUCUCACACACACAAAACAAAAAGAUUACGAAUGCAUUGUUUGCAGUAAAAGUUUUUCAAGAUCAACUUUGCUUUAUCGACAUGAGAAAAUUCACACAGAUCCGAAUAUUCCUCGUUAUCAUUGCGAAGCAUGUGAACGUGUUUAUCUUAAUGUCUUAGAUUACAACAAACAUGUCUUGACUCACACCAAAAAUCGGCCAUUUAAGUGUGAACUUUGCAAUAAAAGUUUUGCAUUUAAACAAGGAUUGGAUCGACAUUCGGUAAGUCAUGAUUAUGAAGCUCAACCUCAUCCAUGUCAGUACUGCGUUUUGAGAUUUCCAAGUGCAGCGAGACUUCAACGACAUUUGUCAAGUGAACAUGCUGGGACGCGUCCGUUUCCAUGUUCAAAAUGUACCAAACGAUUUAUGUUGUCACAUCAUCUCUACCGACAUAUGAGAACAUCUCACGCUCUUAAGGACGAAGCUUUUUGUUACUAUUGUCCAGUAUGUGAGAAAGUUUAUGAUGAUCGCGUUGAGUUUUUCGAUCAUUGCAAUGAACAUGCUUUGUCACUUACUUGUCCAUUGUGCAAAGUUACAUUUGAAUCUCAUGAAGAAACAAGUGAACACAUCAAACUUCAUUCAAAAUCUGACAUGUAUUACUGCGAUUAUUGCAAUUCUUCGUUCAUGAGUUCAGAUGACCUGAACAAUCAUUUAAUAGAUCAACAUUCAGGAGAACUUUGUUCGCUUGACGAUGACGUUGAAGAAAUGUUGGAAGAGAAACCAAGACAAGAAUCAACACAAUCAUCAACGAAACGAAAAUCUUCAAUGGUGACAUUGAAUGCGAAAGAAAUUUCAGUUCACGAUUACGAGUUCCUUGACGAUGAACAAUUCGAAGCAGCGCAGAUUGAAGAAGCGGCUUUUGUAGAAUAUGAAGAAGUUACAUCUUACGAUCCACCACCGAAAUUACAAAAAUUAUCGGUAAACGUUAAGAAAUCUUCAGCGAAAGCAAAUGAAACUCCAAAGGCAAAUGUUGGACGGAGCAGCUCAAGCAAAGUUAAAGUUAAAAAAGAACCUGACGUUAUUCCCGACAAGAAAUUACCAAUGAAACAGAAAGUUCUCAAAAUGUCUCAAGCAAAAAUCGAGCAAUUGAAAAAACAAGGAAAAAUUAUCAUGAAAGAUGGAAAUUGGAUGAUGCGAGCAUAAAAUAUCCUUAAACAUUGCACAUAAAUUAAUUUUAGGUUUUUAAACAUAUUCAAGAAGCUAAUAUGAUUUGCUCUUUUCUUUUUUAAUAAUAAUUUUGUGUAAAAGUGUAUACAAUAACUAAUGUAUGUAAUAAAAGCCUAAAUACACUAAACUUUA